GUUAAGGGUAAUUUUGUAAGAAAGUUAAGCAAGAAAUGUAAAAAGCAAGAAGUUUGUCUCGGAGCGGCGGGUAGACUCAGAAGCCAACAUCGAAACAUCGUAGUCACCGAGUUUUGGCCAUGUUAAUCUCCCCAAAGUUUGCCGGCCACCGACGACGGGUCUACACCUCAAUCAACUUCACCCACUUGUUCUCAACCGUCGCCGCCGCCGAUGAUGAUGACGACCCCUUCAAGAUCCACCCGUCGUACCAGCACCUAGCCACCAUCAAAUCCAAAUCGGAGCUCCUCCAGUCCUACACCGUCACCCCACCCAUCAAACCGUGGCCCCGAUACCUCUCCCAUAAAAGACUCACCUCACUCGUCAAAUCCCAGCAUGAUAUUAACCUUUCCCUCCAAAUUUUUCACCACGCUGGCAACUUCCACCCUGGUUUUUUCCAUAAUUACGAAACCUACCACUCCAUCAUCAACAAGCUCUGCCGUGCUCGGGCCUUUGAUAAAGUGGAGACCCUUUUAACUGAAUUACGAAAUUCCGGCAUCAAAUGUGGGGAAGUUUUGUUUGUAAAUGUGAUUCGGAACUAUGGGAUUGCUAGUAAGCCCAAAUUUGCCCUUAAGACCUUUCUGCGAAUUGAAAAAUUUGGAGUUCAGAGGUCAGUCAGGUCAUUUAAUGCUUUGUUGAAUGCUUUAGUACAAAACAAAGAGUAUGAUUUUGUUUACGCUUUGUUUAAGAAUUGCCAGAAGAAGUUGCAUAUAACGCCCACUGUGUUUACUUGUAACAUCUUGUUGAAUGCUUUGUGUAAGAAAGAAGAUAUUAAUAGUGCAAUUAAGGUUCUUGAUGAGAUGCCUGUGAUGGGAAUAGUUCCCAAUAUUGUGAGCUACACGACCAUUUUGGGUUGUUAUGUAUCAAUUGGUGAUUUAGUUGGCGCGAAGAGGAUGUUUGAUGAAAUUGUUGAUAGAGGGUGGUUGCCUGAUGCGACGACGUACACUAUCUUGAUGCAUGGUUUUGUUAAGCAAGGGAAAUUUAUUGAUGCAGUUAAGAUAAUGGAUGAGAUGGAAGACAAUGGGAUUGGGCCAAAUGAAGUAACAUAUGGAAUUAUGAUUGAGGCGUUUUGCAAGGAAAGGAAGUCUGGUGAAGCAGUUAAUUUACUUAAUGAUAUGCUAGAUAAGAGGUAUAUACCAAGCCCAACUCUUUGCUCUAAGGUGAUUGAUGUCUUGUGUGAAGAGGGAAAGGUUGAGGAGGCGUGUGAUUUGUGGAAGAAACUAUUGAUAAAGAAUUGUACUCCAGAUAAUACAAUAUCGAGCACACUUAUUCACUGGCUCUGUAAGAAGGGACAGAUUAGGGAAGCAAGGAAAUUGUUUGAUGAGUUUGAGAAGAGUUCGAGUCCUAGUGUUUUGACAUAUAACAUGCUUAUUGCAGGGAUGUGUGAGAGAGGAGAGCUGCAUGAAGCUGGGAGGUUAUGGGAUGAUAUGGUAGACAAGGGAUGCAUUCCCAAUGCUUUUACUUACAACAUGUUGAUCAAAGGUUUUUGCAAAGUUGGAAAUGCAAAGGAAGGAAUUAGAGUUCUGGAAGAGAUGCUUGACAAAGAGUGUCACCCAAACAAAUCUACUUAUUCCAUCUUAAUCAAGGGGCUUCUUGACUCUGAACUCAAAGCAGAUGUUGUAAGGGUGCUUGCACUGGCUGCGUCAGGUGAUGUUGAUCCUGAAACUUGGGGAGUCCUUGUGACCAAGUUUGUUACUGAUAUUCAAAAUGUGUGUUCCGUUUUGGAUAAGAUAUUUUCGAAGAAUGAAGUGUAAAUGUUUGUUCUAACGCUCUUCAUGCCCAACAUCUGAUUUUAAAGUGGGAGCAAGCAUGGUUCACCGAAGAAAUACCCAUUAAUGAGAGUAUUGGUGAUGGUCUCGGUGCCUUGUUCAAGAUGGUACAAGCUCCCAUGUGCAAACAUUUCUGAAGUUCAGAAGUACCUUGAUAUUCUUUGGACGACUAUGCCGGAGCCGUUUGUGGAAGGAGACUGGAAAAUGAACGUGUGAAACAUGAGAUAUGCUGUUUGUUGACAACAUAAAAGCGUCAAAGAAGUAAAAGGGAAUGGCUUUUUAACUAUUUAUACAGCUCUAGCACUGUAUUACUCUGAGAUAGAUUAGGUUAACUAAUAUUGUUGUAAAUUAUGUCCUUUGUCUUAUCAUGACCUAAUAUAUAUUCUGUGUAAAGGAAGGACAUACUUGGAGGAUCAA